AUGCUCUGCGUAGUCAACAUCUACUCCCAUGUCUUUGGCGCAGUUUUGUUCGUCUUGCUGCCGUUCUACGUCUUCGGUAAUGGGAUCCCGCCCAGAUGGGGCAUUGCCUCGACAGCAGACGUUGUCGUCUGUAGCGUCUACGCCCUCGGCGUGACCGUCUGCUUCGUCCUCUCAACCGCCUUCCACACUCUCAUGUCCCACAGCGAGGCCGUCUAUCUCUCGGGCAUCAAGGCCGACUUCCACGGCGUCCUCGUGCUGAUGUGGUCCUCCGUCUAUCCCCUCGCGCACUACGCGUUCCCGUGCAGUCCCCGCACGCGAGACGCAUACGUCGCGUCGACGGGCCUGCUCGCUGCCCUCUGCGCUGCGGCGACGGCGCGGCCGGACCUCGGGGCCGUGGACCUGGGCCACCACCGCGCGGCGCUGUUCGCGGCGUUCGGACUCGCGGCAUUCGUGCUCCCCAUCGGUCACGGGGCGGCAGUGGACGGCGCCGGCGAGGUGUGGGAGCGGGUGGGUGGCGGGUGGGUUCUGGCGACGGCCGGGUUCAACCUCGUUGCUGUUCUGGUAUACUGGGCCAAGUUUCCUGAGCGGUGGUUCCCGAGAACCUUUGACUUGGUAGGGGCGAGCCAUCAGAUCAUGCACAUCAUGGUUGCUGAGUGA